AUGUCCCUGGGAGACCAGCGUUCCUGCACCCAGCCUUCCUGCAUCCAGUGUUCCUGCAUCCAGCGUUCAGGCAUCCAGCAUUCCUGCAUCCAGCGUUCCUGCAUCCAGUGUUCCUGCACCCAGCCUUCCUGCAUCCAGUGUUCCUGCACCCAGCCUUCCUGCAUCCAGCCUUCCUGCAUCCAGCCUUCCUGCAUGCAGCGUUCCUGCACCCAGCCUUCCUGCAUCCAGUGUUCCUGCACCCAGCCUUCCUGCAUCCAGCCUUCCUGCAUCCAGUGUUCCUGCAUCCAGUGUUCCUGCACCCAGCCUUCCUGCAUGCAGCCUUCCUGCAUCCAGUGUUCCUGCAUGCAGCCUUCCUGCAUGCAGCCUUCCUGCAUCCAGUGUUCCUGCAUCCAGUGUUCCUGCAUCCAGUGUUCCUGCAUCCAGCCUUCCUGCACUCAGCCUUCCUGCAUCCAGUGUUCCUGCACCCAGCCUUCCUGCAUGCAGCCUUCCUGCAUCCAGUGUUCCUGCAUGCAGCCUUCCUGCAUGCAGCCUUCCUGCACUCAGCCUUCCUGCAUCCAGCCUUCCUGCAUCCAGUGUUCCUGCAUCCAGUGUUUCUGCACUCAGCCUUCCUGCACUCAGCCUUCCUGCCGCGCUCCCCGGGCAGCCCUGCGGCAUUCCCGCAUCCCAUCCUGCAUCCUGGCCCGCGGGGCAGCCUUGUCAAACCUGUCCCAAGCCUUCCCAGCAUUCUAUCCCAGGAGUAGAGCAUUUAAUAAAUGCUGCUUUGCUUCAAGUCAAUACACAUUUUUCUCCUCGAUGCCCUAA